UACAGUCGUCGUUUACGUCAAAAUUUCCAACAGUGGGCAGGUCGAUCCAUAGAUUUUAGGCUCUAAAUCUGUGCGUCAGAAAUUACAUUAAUAAAGAAUUUUGGCGUUUAAUGAAGUAAAAUCAGUCAAAGAAAUUAAAUUUAUAUCAUAAAAGUAUGAUAACAACAAUAAGUUUAUGAAUUCACUGAAUCUACCGCGCCUCGGGUUGUCGGCGGCAACGAUGUGUAUAUACUGCCAUGAAAAUACGAUAUAUGAGUAAAAUAGAAAGAUUCUGCAUUUAUACGCCUACUAGAGGACAUUAGAGUAAUUAUUUAAUUAAUAUCGAAAAAAUAUCUGACCAUUCAAUAAAAUGAGUGCAAUAAAAAUAUAUUUUUGUUUUGUGAAUAGAGCUAUCAUAUAUCAAAAAAUCUGAGCAUAAAAAUACAAAGAUGUGUGGUUUAGAAAAUUUUAUACAUCUGCAUGAAACACUACAUUCAUCGCCGCUAUGUAAAUUGUUUUGUUAUCUAUGUAUGUAAAAUGCAAAAUAUAUCAAAGAGGGCAUAAAUGUACCUUUGCUGCAUUUGUACAAUGUAAAUUAAGGCGUUUAAAAAAAACUGUGUGAAGUUGGAUUCAAAAAAGCUAAUAGAAAUAAAAUGCAAGCUAAAAAACGGUAUAUUUUGGUUUUUGUGUCUUGUGCAUUUCUCGCAUACUGUUAUUUUGGUGGUUAUCGACUCAAAAAAAGUGACAAGUCUCACCGCAAUCUUCAAGUGGUAGAUGCAGUAACGCGCGCUCGCCUCCUUGAAAAAUUACCCAGUUAUCAACCGAAGGAAAACGUUCAUAUGACAUUUCGAAUCGAUAAAACAGACAAUGCAAGUGAGCUAGGUGAAGAUAAGCACAAAUCCUCAAAUGGCAUAAAUAAGGCGAUUUCCUGCCGAAUGGAAAGUUGUUUCGAUUUUACAAAAUGCUAUGGAGAAUUUUUAGUGUAUGUGUAUCCACCAGAGCCUUUGAACUCUUUGGGUGCUGCUCCUCCCGUAUCAGCUAAUUACCAAAAGAUAUUAUCCGCAAUACGCGAAUCAAGAUACUAUACGUCCCAACCGGAGCGGGCGUGUUUAUUUGUUUUGGCUAUUGAUACCUUGGAUCGAGACUCUUUGUCGAAUGACUACGUUCGUAAUGUUCCAUCAAGGCUAGCACGCUUGCAGCACUGGAAUAAUGGCAGAAACCAUUUGAUAUUCAAUUUGUAUUCAGGAACGUGGCCCGAUUAUGCGGAGGACUCUCUGGGAUUCGAUCCAGGUGAAGCUAUACUAGCAAAAGCUAGCAUGAGUGUAUUUCACAUACGGCCAAAUUUCGAUAUCAGCAUUCCGCUAUUCCAUAAACAGUUUCCUUUACGUGCGGGCUCAUCUGGAUUAGUACAAACUAAUAACUUUCCAGCAAACAAAAAAUAUUUACUAGCAUUUAAAGGAAAAAGAUAUGUGCAUGGAAUUGGCUCUGAGACAAGAAACUCCUUGUUUCAUUUACACAAUGGCCGGGACAUCAUUUUGGUCACAACUUGUCGGCAUGGCAAGAGUUGGAGGGAACUUCAGGACGGUCGAUGUGAUGAGGACAAUCGUGAAUAUGACAAAUAUGACUAUGAGACAUUAUUACAAAACUCUACAUUUUGUUUGGUACCACGUGGAAGACGUUUGGGAUCGUUUCGGUUUCUAGAAGCACUCCAAGCGGGUUGUAUUCCAGUUUUGUUAUCGAAUGGUUGGGUACUACCAUUUGAGUCUAAAAUUGAUUGGAAUGGUGCUGUGAUUUGGGCAGAUGAAAGAUUGUUAUUACAGGUGCCAGAAGUCGUACGCUCUAUUUCGUUGGAACGAAUUUUGUCUUUGCGUCAGCAAACCCAAGUUCUUUGGGAACGAUAUUUUGGAUCUAUAGAAAAAAUUGUGUUCACUACGUUUGAGAUUAUCCGCGAGCGCUUACCAGAUUAUCCUGUUCGCAAUACAUUUAUUUGGAAUACAUCGCCAGGUGCUCUCCUAACACUUCCAACGUUUGCUGACAGUUCCAGGUAUAUGCCAUUUUUAUUGGAUUCCAUGGGCGUAGAACCCCGUCACAAUUACACGGCUGUCAUUUAUGUACAAAUUGGUUCGAUUCUGGGCCCGAACACUGCGCUAUACAAGUUAAUCAAAACUAUUUCAAAAAGUCAAUUCGUAGAUAGAAUUUUGGUUCUCUGGGCGGCUGAUCGUCCUAUUCCAUCUAAAAAGAGAUGGCCUACGACUUACCAUAUACCAUUCCAUAUAAUAACUUUAAGUGGCUUAAGUAUUGGUAAAUCCUCUCGUAGUAUGAAAAAAGAUGUGAGCGAAAAGUUCUAUAAUAGUACUCUACUUUCCGGGGGAGUACCUAUUAAUCAUCAAGAUUCAAAAAAUACCAGAGAGGAAACUUUAGAUUUAUUUGAUGAACGCCCAAGCAUAUCACAACGUUUUUAUCCAUAUCCCGAAAUCCAAACAGAUGCAGUGCUCUCAUUAGACGAGGACUCUAUACUCAAUACAGAUGAAUUGGAUUUUGCAUAUACAGUUUGGCGAGAUUUUCCRGAUCGUAUUGUUGGUUAUCCAGCUCGAGCUCACUUCUGGGAUGAUUCAAAGAAUGCGUGGGGAUACACAUCAAAGUGGACUAAUUACUAUUCCAUAGUUUUGACUGGUGCAGCUUUCUAUCAUCGAUACUAUAAUUACUUGUACACCAAUUGGCUAUCAUUAUUGCUUCUUAAGACUGUACAACAAUCAUCGAAUUGUGAAGAUAUCCUAAUGAAUUUGCUUGUAUCGCAUGUAACGAGAAAACCACCGAUAAAAGUGACUCAGCGCAAAGGCUAUAAGGAUCGUGAAACAGGACAUUCUCCGUGGAAUGAUCCAGAUCAUUUCAUUCAGCGGCAAAGUUGCCUCAAUACAUUCGCUGCAGUUUUUGGAUAUAUGCCGUUGAUACGUUCAAAUUUACGUCUUGAUCCGGUAUUGUAUCGGGAUCCGGUGUCCAAUCUACGUAAGAAGUACCGCCAAAUUGAGUUGGUUGGUAGCUAGCACUACAUAAGCACAAGCUAUAAAGUUAAGCUUAACUAAUCUGUGUUUAUCAACCACAAAAGUAAACUUAACUGUAUUCAAAAUACAAAUGGAUUGCUAUAAAAGUAGUUUAAAGUCACAGAUUUAUAGAUCAAAUGUAUUUAUUGCAAUAAUAGACGUGCAGUUAAAGUUGUAUAGCUUGCGAGAUUUGAAAAAAAAAAAAAUACAUACCUUUACGUGAAUGUUUACGUGCGAGUAUGGAUAUGGUGUACCGAAAAAGUGUCACAACUAUUUAUAUAAAUUAGUAAGAAGUUAUUUGUAUGUAAAAUGCCAUUUACGAUAAGUCACAGCCACAAUAAUUUAGAUUCUGUAAUUAUAAUUAUAAGAUGUUAUAAGUUAACAUAUAAUGAUGUUGAUGAUGACAUGACAUGAUGGUGAUUACUUUAGGUCGCUAUUUUUACAAUAUAUAAAAACUGUAAUAAUUUAUAAUAUUUAGUUAAAUUUU